AUGACUGAAUUUGAAGGGUGGACUUCGUGGCUGGAACCAGGGUAUUUGCUAUGUAAACCUGAGGAUCCUGACUAUCAGAAACCUGCGUACAGUGACUGGACCGAGGAGAACGAUACUCCUCCCAAGUACUCACCAGAGGAAGAACUUGCCUUACUCGACAAACAAAUCAGAGCCAGCGAUGGGUUUGAUAUUGACUACACACACUUCCGCUGUGUCUUCAACUACCACCUUGCUCUUCUCGAGUCACAUGAAUUCGUUGAAAAGCCAGAAACCACUAGGGACUUGCUCAAGAGGCUCUCUCGGAGUUCACUUGAUGACUACAAUCAUGAAAACAGAACAAGAUUUGAGUUUGUCAAGGUUGUGAAAGCCAACUUUCACUGUUGUUGUGCGUUAAUGUUUCUCAUAACAUUCCAAGUUGUUGAUCCUUAUGAUAACUUGAUCAAACUCUUCCAAGCAAGGGUUCGCCACGCUAGAAACAUCGUGACCGAGUACAUCUUCUGCAGGCCUAAACCCAAUCAAGGAGUGGAAUGCAUUGGAACUAUCAAGAAAGAUGUUCAAGAAACUGAGGGCGCGAGGUUCGAAUUUGUCAAGGUUGUCAAAACCAAUUUUCACUGCAGCUCUGGGUAUAUGUUUCUCAUAGCGUUUCAAGUGUUGGAUCCGUCUGAUGAUAACGACCAAGAAAAGCUCUUCCAAGCUAGGGUUCGUUACUCUUUACGUUUCCCGGCUCAAUACGUCUUUUGUAGGCCAAAACCUGAUCCUCAAGCCCGUGGAAAUGGCUCUAAACAUUUGAAGAUGGCAGAGUAA